AUGCAAGAAGCUUCAGAAUCCACCACUACAGGAACCUCUCAAGGGCCUUCACCCUUUACUAGUGCCCUUGAUCGUCUUGAACAACCGACAGGCUUCGAAAAUGUCUUCCAUCAGGGCCGUGGUUCCUUUCAACAAGGACGUGAGUCUGCCAUGAAAGGAUUGGAACAAGGAAAGUCCCAGCUGAACAUGUUUGGGACAAACUUGAAGACGAACAUCAAUCACUUUGUGGAGAAAUCACAGGAUCAGCAAAUCAGGAAUAGGGGGCAGUGGCAUAACUUUGGACAGCAGCUAAAGACAAACGUGAACCAGUUGGUGGAACAAGUCCCGAAAGCUUUGGGGCCUCGACUCGGAGAACAACACACUGCCAAUGGCAGAGUUUCAUUGAGGAACUUUGGUCAGCAACUAAAGACAAACAUCGGUCAACUCGUGGACCAACAGCAGCAGCCACAGCCCGACUUGUCGAAUCAACUUAAUACACUGAAUGCACGUAUGAAGGAAGAGGCAGAACGACGGGAUGUUCGAAAAGUUAGUGAAGAAGCCUGUAGGAACGAAAUGAAAAGUCACCUGGAAGAAUUCUUGCAAAAGAUGCCGAAUGCAACCUAUGAACAAUGGAUCGAAGAUUUGCAUCCAGAGAACUUGUCCGAUCCACAGUUGUUGAAAGAAAUGGACAAAGAAGUUGACUUAAGAUUUUAUGUAAAGGAAUCAGAUCAUUUGAUAUUGUGGAACCAAAAGGUUCAGGAUCCUGUCCGCCAAAUUGCACCCAGAAAUCGAGUCUGGAAAGAUGACAGCAAGACGCAAUUGAACCAACCAGCGUCCGAGCCUGUGGAUUUGCUCGGUGGUGGAAUGAGGCCUGCUGCGAAAGAACCAACACCUACAUUUGCGAUCAUUCCAAACAACAAUACCACUGUACCAACACAAGGAGGCGAUAUCGAUCUAAUGUCUUUCUAA